AUGUUAAUACCAGUCCCAAUUGUUUCACCAAUUAGACAAAAAAUUACAACUAAGUGCAACGCUAUAGAUCGCAUUACACAAGGGGGUGUAAGUGUUGGAGAGGUGACAGAGUUAUGUGGAGAGAAUGCAACCGGUAAAACACAACUUUGCCUGCAGGCCAGUAUAGCGUGUCAAUUGCCUCCGUCCUUGGGUGGACUGUUUGGGUCGUCCAUUUACAUCCACUCGAUUGGUCCAUUUCCCAUUCGGCGUUUAACAGGUUUAAUUCCUUUCAUUUUAGAUUCUGAACUACAUAAACAUGACAAUCCUUGUGAUCACAUAACAAUCAAGCAGGUCGAAUCACCGUAUGACUUGCCUAAUGUUCUUGAUUGGGUUGUAAAGUUGAUUCAAUACUCGCAUAACACAAGCAGGCAUAUCCGCUUACUUGUUAUUGACUCAGUAGCUAGUAUAUGUACUAGUCAUUUUGACAACACGGUGGAAGAUCUAGAGGCACGUUCUCAACUUUUACGGGCCAUCGGUUACGGGUUAAAGUCAAUUUCCGCCACAUAUAAUGUUGCGGUCAUUGUUGUCAAUAACGUCGUAGACGUGUUUCCUAGUGAUCGUGAUUCGUCUACACAUUUUAUGAUGUCAUCUGGAAGGAAGGUUCGACCCGCCUUGGGUAUGGGAUGGACUAGGAAUAUAGCAACUAGGUUAUUUUUGAGUAAGACAAUGAAUUCCAGUACCCAAAUGUUUGACAGAUUGUGUAGUGUUUUGUUAUCGUCCACACUAGAGUUAAAUGCUUGUAGGUUUAAAAUAACCGAACAGGGUGUUACCGAUGCAUAG